UUUUUCACCAAAUGCCCCUAAGGUUUACUUUAAUGCACCAAAUACCCCUAAACUUUCCAAAAUGCACCAAACACCCCUGACGUAUGCAAUAAUAUCAUUAAAUGCCCUUUUGUCUGACGGACGUUAACCCUCCGUUACCAUGUUUUUACCUUGUUGCCCUUACUUGUCCUUUCUGGCGCCAUAUCAAAAAAGAAAAAAAAAAGAAAAAAAAACAAAUUCAAAACCUAACUUCCCAACUUCUUCCUCGACAUUUCUCUCUGUUCUCUUACACCAUUAGAGAGCACUUGAGUACCAAACCAAAGAGAGAGAAAGAUCGAAAUUUGCUGGGAUUUGUGUAAAACAACUCGCAAUAGUUAGUCGAAGUAAAUCCCCACGAAAAGAUCGACAAUUUGGUCCAAAAAUCUGCAGUUUUCGCGAGUCCUACAAAAGUGGGUGCAAGGAGAGCAAAGGACUGGAAUUUGUGGCUUCAACUUCAUCAAAAUUGUGUCAAGGAUGGUCGCAAUUUGGUUGUUAUGUCAUUAUAAUGAUCGGAAUUUUGAUGUGAGGGUACAAGAUACUGAUGAAACGAACUACAUGGAUUUGGUUGAUGACUUGUUUGAUGAUUCUAUUAAGCAAGAUGUUCUGAUUCCCGAUUUAUUUAGAUUGUUUUAUGUUAAUCCUAGUACGAAUAAAAGAGUAGAAUUGUUGAAUGAUGUUGGUUUGAUGGGCAUGUGGGGUUUAUUUAAGCGCACAGAUACUGUGGAAAUAUGGAUAGAGAAGGCAAAUGAGAAGGAAACUUCAAUCCAAUUUAGGACUGCAGUUAAGAAAAGGAAGGAUAGGAAGGAAAGGAAGGCUGCAGAACUUAGAAGGAAAGCUGAGGAGUUUGAGAGGGAGAGGGAAGAGGAAAGGAGAAGGUUAGAAAGGGAGGCUGAGAUUCAAAGGGAUUUGGAGGAGCAAUUGGCAAACACAGUGGCAGUUGAGGUGCCUGUGUAUGAUGUUGAGGAUUUAAGCGUAGAGUACGUACGUGUUUACAGCUCACAACAUGUUGACUGCUUUUCCCCGGGAGGUUCCCAACCACCAAAUACACAAAAAGAGCCUUCACCACCACCAAGAGAGCCCUCACCACCACCAAAUAAUCCAUCACCACCACCAAGAAGUCCCUCACCACCACCAAAUAAUCCAUCACCACCACCAAGAAGUCCCUCACCACCACCAAAUAAUCCAUCACCACCACCAAGAAGUCCAUCACCACCACCAAGAAGUCCCUCACCACCACCAACCUCACCACAAACACAACCACAGCAACAACAACAACAGACAGAACAUCAGCAACAACAACAAACAGAACAUCAACAACAACAACAAACAGAACAACAGCAACACCAACCCACAGAACAGCAGCAACAACAUCAAACAGAACACCAGCCAGAUCAGACACCCCCUCCUAACAGGGCUGAGUUAAACAAAGGGAGGGGUUUCAGAAUUUCCAGAAGUCAUGCUAAGAAGACGGGUGAGUUUGUUCCUAAGAAGAGGGGGGGAAGGCCUGCUGGUUCAAGGGUGAGGAAACCCACUGCAUACAAUGUGGAGGAAGAGGAGCAAUGGGAUGAUGAGAGUGAUGAUGAAAAUUUUGAGGAGAGUGAGAGUGAUAGUGAAACUGGUUUCAACUCCGACGAUUUCAUUGACGAAGAAAUUGAAGAAGAUGAAGAACAAGAUGUUCUUAAGGAGGUAAUUUCUGAGAGAAGUUUUGAGGAUCAUUUAAUGGGAGUAAUAAGCUGGAUAAUUUGUAUGCAAAUGGGAAAGUUGUGGGAAGCAUGCCAUGGGGGACUAUCAAGUUGCAACCAUGGAUGA